UGUUCAUUACCAGCGACGGCUGUCACGACGUCACUCAAGAUACCACUUCCACCUGUACCUCUGUCAGAGCUCAACACACAUCAGCAGCAAAGCCAUAUGUCCUCGACAUCUCCCCCACCGGCCGCCUCUUCAGGCGCGGCGGACGGGUCUCUCCCUCCUCAAGCUUACGCGAAUGCCUUUCUCCCACUCAAGCCUCGCGAUGCUACCACUCUCCUGCAGACCAGGAUUCACAAGGCUCGUCUCCUGACUGAUGAGCUUGCAGACUAUUUUGCUGCUCGACGCGAGCUGGAGAGCACUUAUCUGAAGGCACUGCAGAAACUGGCGAAGCGUAGCUUUCUCUCUGAUCCAGCGGCCUUGGGGCCAGGGUUUGCUCCUGUUUAUGAGAGACUGAUAGCGGAGAUCGGAGAGACAGCAAGCGUGCACGGCGAGCUGGAGAAGAAGAUCGCAGAGGAGUGCGAGAUGGUGAUGAGGAAUGCGCCAAGUAGAGGCGAGUGGGCGAGGCAGAAGGAUCACGAUGACUCCCUAAGCUCCACUCUCAAAGAGUUGCAACUCCUCGAAUCCCAACUGCAGAAAGACCAACGCAAGCUCGAAACAGCAUCCUCCAAGAAAGCGGGCCACGCACAAGCGAAAGCAGUCGAUACGCAGCGCUCCCUCGACCAGACGAUGCAACUCUGGGAGACCGAGGCCCCCUUCACCUUUGAAGCAUACCAGCGGAUCGACUCGCAAAGGCUUGAGCUCUUGAAGGAGACGGUCACCCGCUUCGAGACCUUGCAGUCAGACGCAGCUCAAAGGUUGAUGGGCAUGACGGAGCAGACGCUGCAGGCUGCUCUGGGCUUCGACCCAAAAGCGGAUAUGCAGGAAUUUAUUCUUAAGAAUGGCAAGGGGACGGGUGAGAGGAGAGCAGGUGGACAAGGCCUGAUGGCCCCGCCUACUGGGACGCCAGUCAGGAGGCCGACGACUACGAUGAACAACAGCAGCCGGGGCGGCGGCCUACAGCGCAACGACUCGGUUGCCUCUUCCAUUCGGCCUAAUACGGCUGGACAGCAGCAGCAGCGCGAGCGCAACGGGCGUGGCGCAGGAGCCGAGUUUGGCGCUGGUCCCUCGUCAGCCUCAUUGCACUCGUCGACCAAUGACACGCAGCAAAGGACGACACGAGGCGGCGGUGGAGGUGGUGGGGCCGCAAGCACGCUGCGCAGUGCCUUCGGUCGCUUCGGCCGCAACAAGAGCAACAAGGGCGCCGGGCGCGAUGGCAAUGAAGGAGAUACAUCGACCGUCUACGGGACGCUGCCAGGGAGCGAGCGACUGGGCGACGACUCGAUGAUGAGCCGCGACACGCGGGACACGCCGAGUCGCAUGCUGGACGGGGACGAUGAUGCCGACGACAGCAGAAUGGCAACUAUGCGGCCGUCAAAGACUGCGGCUGCCGCUGCGGCAGGAGGUGCCGCCGGCGGCGGCUUGAUGGCGCCCAUGGUCCCAACUCGCGCAUCUGUCCCGCCAUCGACGCCUUCUCGCACCGCAGCUGCCUCACCCCCACCUCAGCUUCCUGCCCCGCAAGUAGACUCAGAAGGCUUUUCCAUUCCUCCCGCCGACAGAUUCAGCUCUGGCCCCGCCUCUGGCGCAAUGGGCAUGGCUAGCAGCGACCGAGAGGAGCUCAGCGAUAAUGUCGCCCCAUCAUCACCUACGCAGCGCGUGGCCAACAUGAGCAUUUCGCCAACAGCGACGGGCGGAGCUACCACGAGCGGGAAUACGGCGCAAGACCAAGCUGCUCUGGAGCGGGUCAGAAGCACCCUGCUCACGAGUGGUCCGCCUACCCGCCGAAACACAACGAGGAGGGACAGACGCGACGUGCGCAAUACGACGUACAACCCGCUCGCGACGCUGGAUACGAGCAGCGGCAGCAGGAUGAACAGCGCAGGAGGCAUGAGCCAGUUUGGAGCUCUUGCUCCCCAAGCGACGGGAGGAAGCACGACCAGUGGAACAGGCUUUGGCGCAGGCGCAGUUUCCUCCUCUCCCGUAUCCGCUACCUUCUCCCCCGCCAUUGGAGGCGAUCGAGCACAAAGCCUCGUCUCUACCACGUCGGCCGCUCAGCAGGUUCCGCGCCCCUCCAACCCCUUCGACGCCCCGCCCUCUGCACCUGGGCUCCGCGCCUCGAUCACAGAGACGGUCAAUGCGAUCCUCUCGUGCAACGGAGGAGGCAUCACCCGCCUGAUGGUCGUGGGAGACAUUAGUGUGCAGCUCAAGGACGUGGCCACUACCUCUUCCCCACCCUUGCAUGUUAGAUUGGAAGCCUUUGAGCAACUCGAGAAGGCGGCGCCCAACCCUGCCUUCUUACAGGGCGUUGCCGGCAAGCCAGGAGAAUACAUGCUCGACGUCGCGUCACUCGCUCGCCAAGUCAAUGGUGCCUCAUCUGCGAGCACGGCUACCAUCCUCAAGUAUCAGGUGCACGUUCCCACGCACAAGCUGGCCGAGUACGUGCCUCUGAAUAUCGACGCACGCUGGCGACUUGAGGCGCAUCAGACCAGCUUCCUCUGCAAUUGGUCGUACAACGACUCAUCCAAGGCUGGUGGGCGCGCUUCCGAAGUAGUUCUCACGGCGAGCGUGGGGCCCACCAAUGUUACAGGACACAUGGCCAAGCCGGAGGGUCAGUGGGAUGCUGAGACCAAGCGAAUGACUUGGAAGCUGGACGAGAGCGGGAUGGGCGAAGGAGGCAAAGUGCUCGCCCGCUUCCAGGUCGAUGGGCAGGGGACUACGCAGCCUGUGCAAGUGAGGUGGGCUGUGCCAGGCUCGACGAUGAGUGCACUCGGAAUCACAAUCGUUGGCGGGAACGAAGGAGCGUUGAGCAGCUUCGAUGAAGUGGCGAGGAGGACGGUCAGUGGGAAGUUUGUGGCGCAAUAAGCGGUGCUGGUGUAGCGGGCGAUGGUGC